UUGAGCCAGCAUUGUUUGCUUACUGCAGUGCGUUCGGUUCGAUGUGUUUGUGUGUUUGUGUAAAUCAUUGGAUUUUUCUUAUUGCAAAACUAAAUUCCGAUUUUUCAUUAUCAAUUUUGAUCCAGAAGAAAAACAAAACACGUUUUUUACGAAACUAAGGGAAAAAUUAAUUCGAAAUCAUGUCGUCAUCCUCAUCAUCAUCUAUUGAAACUGAUUAUACGACCGAGAUUAACAAAUUCAAAGAUGAUAUUAAAGCACGUGCCGAAGAAUUGGUAUUGAAAACAUUUCCACGUAAAACAAUUGAAUUACAUCGAUUACUUGAAAGUCAAAGAUUUAGUUUAAAAAAUUUGGAAAAAAUUAAACAUGAAAUAAAUAUACCGAUACCGGAAUAUCCAUAUGUAACACCAGUACAAUCAACACCAGUUACUGUUGAUAGUAAUCAUCAUCAUCAUCAUCAUGUAGAUGAUUCGGAAAAUUCUUCAGCAACCGAUUGUGAUUCAUCACCUACAUCGCAGCAACAACAACAACAACAACAAACAAAUGGACCAUCAUCGAAAAAACGUAAAUAUCUUGUUUUGACUGAAGAUGAUAAUCGUAUUGAAAAUGAUCAAAAAUCAUCAUCAACAACGAGUGAAAAUUUAAAAAAUCAACCAAAACCAACAGAUGGAUCACGUGUUCUUAUAUUACCUUAUGGUUCAGUACGAUGUAAUAAACAUAUUGUCGAAUUAAUCGAUAUUGUUAAACCAUUAAUUCGACAAUUGGUUGAAGAUACUAAUCUUUUAAAAAUGUGGGUACUAUUUCUUAUUCCACGUAUUGAAGAUGGUAAUAAUUUUGGUGUUUCCAUUCAAGAAGAAGCAUUAACCGAAAUACGUACUGUAGAAGCUGAAGCUACAACUUAUUUUGAUCAAAUGUCACAUUAUUUUCAUUCACGUGCACGUAUCAUAACGAAAAUUGCAAAAUAUCCACAUGUUGAUGAUUUUCGUCGUAAUGUAGCGGAAAUUGAUGAAAAAGAAUUUCUUUGUUUACGUUUAACAAUGGUCGAAUUACGUAAUCAUUAUGCAUCAUUACAUGAUAUUGUAACAAAAAAUUUGGAUAAAAUUAAAACACCACGAUCAACUAAUCAAAAUCAUCAAUUUUAUUAAUGAAAAAAAUGAUGAUGACCGAAUGGACCGUUUUAAAAUAGAAA